CGCCGGCCGGGACUGGUCUCCUGGGCAGUGCCGGGCGGGAUCCGGGAGCCUCUCUCCGCCGGGAGUUGGGCAGGGAGCGUCCGCGCCUCCGCGGCGCCAUGGGCCCCCUCCCCGGGCCACAGCUGGCAGCGGCCGCGGGAACCCCCGGGCCUCCUGGCGGCCGAGCUUGAGCGACCCCCGGCUUCCCGGGCGCCCCCUCCCUUCGCCGUUUCUCCUGCCGCCGCCGCUCCCCCUAGUGCUCUCCGCUAUGGCCAUGGAGCCUCCGUCCCCGCUCCGGCUCGAGGCGCCCGGCACCCCCGAAAUGCGGAGCCCGCCGGCUGGCGACGCCGCUCCCGAGGGCACCCCGCAACCAGCGGGCGGCAGGCUGCGUUUCCUCAACGGCUGCGUGCCCCUCUCGCAUCAGGUGGCCGGGCACAUGUACGGGAAGGACAAAGUGGGAAUAUUGCAACAUCCAGAUGGCACAGUGUUGAAACAGUUACAGCCACCUCCAAGGGGCCCAAGAGAGCUGGAAUUUUAUGAUAUGGUAAGUAAGGUUUAUGCUGCUGAUUGUAGUGAUGGUAUUCUUCUAGAACUACGAAAAUAUUUGCCAAAAUAUUAUGGUAUCUGGUCACCACCCACUGCACCAAAUGAUUUAUACCUAAAACUGGAAGAUGUUACCCAUAAAUUUACUAAGCCUUGCAUAAUGGAUGUAAAGAUAGGGCGAAAGAGCUAUGAUCCUUUUGCCUCAUCUGAGAAGAUUCAGCAACAGGUCAGCAAGUACCCAUUAAUGGAAGAGAUUGGAUUCUUGGUACUUGGCAUGAGGGUUUAUCAUGUUCAUUCUGACAGCUAUGAGACACAAAACCAGCACUUUGGAAGAAGCUUAACAAAAGAAACUAUAAAGGAUGGAGUCUCCAGGUUUUUUCAUAAUGGCUGCAGCUUAAGAAAAGAUGCAAUUGCUGCCAGUAUUCAGAAGAUUGAGAAAAUUCUGCAGUGGUUUGAAAGCCAGAAGCAGCUUAACUUUUAUGCAAGUUCAUUACUAUUUGUUUAUGAAGGUUCAUCUCAGCCAGCCACUACAAAAUCAAAUGACAGAAUUUUGGCAGAAAAAUUCUUGUCCAAAGGACCACUGUCAGACCCAGAAGUACUGGAGUGUAAUAAUAACUUUUGUGUGCUAAGCUCCACAGUGAACGGAAAAAUAGAGUCUUCAGUAGGCAAGAACUUGUCCAAGAUGUAUGCUCGUCACAGAAAAAUGUACUCGAGAAAGCCUCACAGUCAGACUUCCUUGAAAGUUGAAAACUUGGAGCAGGACAACGGAUGGAAAAGUGUGUCGCAGGAGCACCUCAAUGGCAAUGUGCUGUCCCGGCUGGAGAAAGUCUUCUACCAUCUUCCCACUGGUUGCCAAGAGACUGCAGAAGUCGAAGUGCGAAUGAUUGAUUUUGCUCAUGUGUUCCCUAGCAACACAGUAGAUGAGGGAUACGUUUAUGGUUUAAAGAAUUUAAUUACUGUACUUCAAAGUAUUUUAGACAAUUGAAUCUUUUGCUGUCUUUUUAAGGAGUGGGCCAGUUAUACUGAAGAGCAGCAGUCAUUAUCUCUGCAUCUGUAAUGCUGUGUAAAAAAUUUGUAUUGUGAGUUGAUGUUUUAUUUGUCUUUAUACUUUUGGUAGAAAGAUUAUCUUUUUUAUACUCUUACUCAGGAAUACUAAUUUGUUCAUUAGAAAACUAUGAAGAAUAAAGAAACAGGAAUGUUAAGCAGGGACUGUGGUGGUACACGGCUUCAACAGCUAUUUGGCUUGAGCAAAACACAAACCAUCAUUCAGUCACAAGAAUUUAUUUCACUUUGUGUAGCCAAUUGAUCAUGAAAUCUCUGUCCACCCAACCUUGACGAUGAGCCAUAUCUUACCUAUUACAUUAUUAAACACCUGCAAAAAUUUAGAAAGCACAGGUUGUGUCCUUAGUAUUGAUACUACUACUACAACUGGAGAAAAUCCUACUUCAGAAAUAAGUACUGUUUAGGUUUUAUAUCAAAAGUUCAGACCAGCAUAUCAAAAGGUGCUUUUUAGUGAAAUGAUUUAGAAUUGUUCUGUUCUCAAAGCAGAUUUCCCUUUAAUUUCCAUUUAUCUAUUUCAAAAUACUGUGUAAAAAAUAUAAUUGAAAUCAACAACAACAACAAAUAUCUUGAUGUUAAGGGCACUAAUAUUAGCAGGAUCAGAAGAAGAGAGAAUUAUUUUUAAGAAACAAAGUAUUUUUCUUUUAAAUUCUUUAUGGCAAAAUUGAAAUUGAUAUUGUGAAAAGUGUUAUAGCCACAUAGUGACACUUUUACACAGCAACUUCAAAAAGGUGGAUGAUUUUUGCUUUAUUUUUCCUUUAAAUAGUUUUUGGGAACUUUUUCCUGUUAGAAUUUAUGUGUUUAUCC